GGAUGAGGCUGUCUAUUAGAGGACACUGAGAAAUGGAACAGAUUUCCCCCAACCGCUAUCACGCGUAUUCGAACCCUGCGGAGGCUAAUUGGCGGCCGCAAAUACCAACGGGUUAUAGUAAUGGAGGAGCUCAUAACGGCGGAGAACCUGAUGGCGAGAAAUCGUACUUUGAGGAAGAUAGGAAGAAGACGAUAUGCGGACUAUCGCCGAAGAUAUUUUGGAUCCUGGUUGCGGUCUCAAUAACAUUAGUGAUCGGUGGUGCGAUUGGAGGGGGAGUUGCGGCUGCAGUGCUAAAGAAGCAUCAUAAAGCUGCUGGUCUCGUCAUCUCCCUCUUCCAUCCGUUCACUCUCCUCGAUCCCCUCAACUUCGAGCUCUAUACCAGCAUCCACUUCCUCUCCGCCAGUAGCAACCAUAACCAGCAAUACAGCCACCUGACCUGGGCCCAAGGAUACAACCUACUCCUCAAUGCCUUAGCUUAAUAUCCACCACUUCCUUCGUCAUCCUCUGCAACACCGACAUCCUCCUAAACGCUGGCGUAGCACCACCCAUCGACCUCUAUAUAGGUCACGCGCAAACCUCUUUCGGUACCUGCUUAGAUCCCAGGGCGGAGGGAAACAUUGAUUUCACAUGACUGAUGAAUAAGGGGAGUUGUACAGGCGCAAUUUCAGUUAUUUAUUCCUAGUUCUUUCUUGUAAAGGUUUCAUGAAGGGCUGCUAUUUGGCAGAAAGCGACGCUUACCUACAAGGAGGGCAAAAAAGGGUUUCGAUUUGAACUGUUUACUUCUCUAUUGUUUGGUUUGUUAUGCAG